AUGAAUAUCUUGGAUGAAUUGCCAACUGAAAUCCAAUUAGAACUCCUCAAGACUCAUCCACAGCUGGCAUUUGUCAACAGAAGAUGGUACAGGCUCAAUAAUCGUUUUUAUAGAGACUGUUGCUUAAGGUUGAAACCUAAAAGCUACUGGGAAAGUAUAGAGAGCAGCGUUUGUCGGUACAUCGAAAGUUUGGAUCACAAACGGGAAGCUGCCAGGCUCAUCAAUGAAAUGACAUACUCCUCGGACGGGGAUUUGUUUCAUGCGCAUUUCUCGGAUUCCUGGUACAUCAUAUACGUCGUCUUGUUCGUGUGUCCGAAAUUCUUUGCAAUGGAGAGUGCAAGCCGUAAGAUCAACGGCUCUCAAAGUACCAUGACUGAAUACUAUUGUCCAAUGGAGCUGGCAAGUGAUAGAAGCUAUCCGUGUAAUCUGUGGUUCAAAAAGACAGGGGACGGAGGUAUGUUCGGUGCUAUUAGAGUAGCGGUCUAUGGGCAACCUGAUGGUACCGAGCCUCUGUUAAUCCGAGAUCUUUCACUGGGCCUUAACGACUGGUGUUAUUCUAGCGGAAGUUAUUGCAUUUUUGGAGGUCAGCUACGGCUGCCGAAAAGUGAAAGCGGAUUACAAGUGGUUCAUAUGGGCGUCUCGAUAACCAACGCUAAUAAUGUUAUCUUAGAGGCAGUGGACACUGCUCCAUAUCAACGUCAUAAAAGCUGGAUUCUAUUUCACGCGCGUGAGCAAGAGGUUUUCAAUGCUAGCGAGAAAUGUCUAAGCGCUGAACGCAUGCGAUGGGAUGAACAGUUUGUGAACAAGGCUGAUGGCUCCGCUGAGGAUGUAAAUUUUCAGUUUCUGUUUAGAUUUCCUAAGGAUCAAGACACAAGUAACAAUUUGACUAGUGUAAGAUAUCCGUAUUUGGGAGUGUGA